AUAUGCCCGUCAAUCACUCCGCCACGCCGCCCUCUCUCCACUUCUCCUCGCCCACGCCGCCAUCUCUCCAAUUCUCCUCUUCUUCCACCUCCUAAUCCAUCCCAAUCCAUCUAAUGGGAUCCCUCCAAUCCGUUCGCUGAUGUGCAUCGCCUCAAUCACAUGAACGGGGAUCGAUUGGCUUGGUGGGCGGACUGACGGGGACUCGGCGGGCGGGUGGUCGGGCGAUUGGAGGCCGUGGAGGUCGGGACAGAGACCGGCUGGUGUGUGCGUUGGGGCCAACGGUGGCGAUUGGGCGGGAAGGUCACAGGAAUCGUCUGCUACAACAAGCAAGUUCAUCUCCAACCUACAGGUGGAUUAAGCAGAGCAAGCACGAGUUCAGCCAUCCUGCCUAGGGUAGCUGCGCCCCAGAUUAACGAUGGCGAGGAUACCAAGAUGACUUCGGGACUUGAACCUUACAAUGCAUGAUGCAGAACAUCUGCAGCUUGCUGAAGAAAAUCUACAAGGGCCAAAUGGAGAGACGCGGCAGAUUGUAGGGGAAUUUCGGCUGAAGAAUUUAUCCUAGGUAGAUGGAGGAAAGAUAAUUGUGGAGACUAACAAAAAAGGUGUUCCGAAUGAAAGGUCUGGUUCCAUUCUUAGUAGCUAUCUUAGCGACGUUGUAGAGAACUCCACAUUUGCACCACUGAGCAUUCCAACAUGGGACAAUGAAUUAUUUGCCCAGAGAAAGAACAACAUGAUCAACGAUGUAGAGGAGAAAUUUGUCUAUCCAUCUGAGACAAAGCUGAUUACACGAGACUGGGUCCUAAUGACUGUUUGCAAAAGAUGGAGAGCCUGCAAAUCUCGCUUGAAGAAAAAAUAUUUCAAACGAAAAGAGAGGUCUCUCCAGGAAAUUAUUAGUGAUGUUCCAAUAGGUGUUAAUGAGCAUCAAUGGGAGACUCUAGUUGGAAUGUGGUGCCAGGAUUCACACAUGAAGUUAUGCAAGAAAAACACAGAGUGUGCGAAGCAACAGAAGAAUCCACACACAACCGGGAGAAAAAGCCAUGUCAGGCUACAAAAAGAGAUGGAAAUCAAAAGGAAAGGACCGAUCCACAAGAUUGACCUAUGGGAUGAAGCUCAUAAGAAAAAAGAUGGCAAUUACACAAGCGACAAUGUGAAGACAAUAAUGGAUGCAGCUAAUGAGGAGUUAAAAAAAGGAAAAUCGAUCAUAAUGGUAGCCUUUCCAUUGACGAUUAUACUGAAGCCUUUAAAGGUGCACUUGAUAAAAGGGCAAAACUUCGAGGUUACUAUGAUGAAAAGUAUUGGAGCGGAGUAAAUGUUUCUCAGGGAAUAACUUUUGUUGGGAAAUCUGAUCAAGAAAAUCUUCAGUAUGAAGUACGCAUGGUGAAAGAUAAUGUAGAAGAUGUCAAAGAUGAUGUAGAGGACGUCAAAGGUGAUGUAAAGGAAGUCAAAGGUGAUGUAGGGGAUGUCAGAGGUCAGAUGGCUAUGAUUGUUGCAUUCCUUGCCAAAAAGUUUCCUAGAGAGAUUUGUAGAAAUGAAGUGGAUUCUCGUACAGAAAAUUAUCAAGUUAGCAUAUCAAAAGCAGUUAUAUUUGCGCAAAGAUGAAAUUAAUGAACACUGUUAUGCUAUUACAAUAAUUUUAUUGCAGGUCACUCCACAUGACAGAGAUAACAAUCUCCAAUCUGAAUCUUAUAAUGUUCUUGAACAAUCAAAUAAUGAUGUGCAGGAGCCACAAACUACCAUGCAGAAUGUCCAUGCUGAAAAUAAUCUUGCAGUGCAGCAAGGUGGCCCUGAACCAAGUUUACGACUUCACCAAGUCACUAACCAGAAUGAUCAUGCUCAAAAUAGCAAUGCAACCAAGCCACAUGGUCAUCACCAAGUCACAAAGCAGGAUAAAGUUGAAGUCGUGUUGUAUUCGAUGAACUUGAGAAACAAAGACAAACUUGUGGCCAAAGGAACUUUAGAGAGUAAAGAGAAAACAUAUGUGGUUGGAGGAAACAUGCUUGGAGUGCAAUACGUUGCAGUUCGUGUUCGCGGUUGUACAUAUCUAGGAUAUGAGAAACUAGUUAGACCAUAUGAAAAAUUCCAAACAGUAAGGGAUGCUAUGGGUUCUGUUAUUGCUUGGCCUCGCUCACAUGUAAAAAUAGUUAAGCCAACCCCUCCAGCACAACCACAGAGCAUUGGGCGGUGAGGAUCUGAAAAGUGAGUGCAUUAAAGGAGCUAGGAUUGGCUGGGGAGCACUUGAAAAGGGAGUGCACUGGAGGAGUCGGGAGUAGUUGAUGAAUCUAUCUUUAAAUGAACAAAUAUUAUAGAUUAUGUAUAGAAUUUAGCUUCAUAGACAAAAAUAGUUCCAGUCUAUAGGAUCUUUUCUUAUUUAUUUGCAUCAUCGCAUGUUUCAUAUGAAUGUUACAUAUUAUUCAGCUGUGAACUCCAAGUACUUU